AUGAACGACCUCAUGACCAAGUCCUUCAUGAGCUACGUCGACCUGAAGAAGGCGGCGAUGAAGGACCUGGAGGCGGGGGGCGACGGGACCGAGCUCACGGAGGCGGGCGGCGCCACCGACGAGCGCCUCAAGGGCUUCUUCGUCGAGGUCGAGGUGGUCAAGGAGGAGAUGUCCGCCAUCCGCGACGCGCUCGCCCGCCUCCACGAGGCCAACGAGGAGGGCAAGUCGCUGCACCAGCCCGACGCGCUGCGCGCCCACCGCGGCCGCGUCAACGCCGACAUCGUGGCCGUGCUCCGCCGCGCCCGCGAGAUCCGCGUCAGGAUCGAGGCCCUGGACCGCGCCAACGCCGCGCAGCGCAGGCUCUCCGCCGGCUGCGGCGAGGGCACCACGCUCGACCGCACCCGCACCUCCGUCACCGCCGGCCUCCGGAAGAGGCUCAAGGACAUCAUGCUCGACUUCCAGGCGCUGCGCCAGCGGAUGAUGGCCGAGUACAAGGACACCGUCGAGCGCCGCUACUACACGCUCACCGGGGAGGUCCCCGAGGACGAGGUCAUCGACCGCAUCAUCUCCGAGGGCAAGGGCGAGGAGAUCAUGGGCGCCGCCGUCGCCGAGCACGGCAAGGGCGCCGUGCUCGCGGCGCUGCACGAGAUCCAGGACCGCCACGACGCCGCGCGGGAGGUCGAGCGCAGCCUGCUCGAGCUCCACCAGGUGUUCCUCGACAUGGCCGUCGUCGUCGAGUCGCAGGGGGAGAAGCUCGACGACAUCGUCACCCACGUCGACAACGCCAGGGACUACGUCCACACAGGCAACAAGGAGCUCGGCAAGGCACGCGAGCACCAGCGCGGCAGCCGAAAGUGUCUCUGCAUCGGAAUCAUCCUGCUGCUCCUCCUCAUCCUCAUCGUCAUCGUCCCCAUCGCAACCAGCCUCAAGAGAUCCUAA